AUGGCCAGAUCAGUACCUUUAUGUGUCUCUCUCAACCACCAGCUGGUUGCUCUCCAAACCCUGCAGCUCUUGCACCACCAGCAGCAAGGUGAGGAUGAGGAUGCCAGACCCUGCCACCCCCACUACAAAUUGGAUCAGGCCUCUUCACUGCUCAGCACAGGUAUGUCUGGCCCAGCUCUGCAUGACAUGGGACAGGGUCUGGAAGCAGCCAGGUCUAGUCGGGUUCAGGAGCAGGAAGAAGGCAGAAGAGCAGCAAGCAAAACCUCUGAGGAGGAAGAAGGAGAAGAAGAAUGUGGAUCCCAGGCUCUUUCUAACCCAGGUGAGCCUGGGCCAAAGGAUUCAAGACAGCUGGACCCAGCCAGGCCCCGAACACUUACCCAGAUUGCUGUGCACAGCAUGCUGUCCCGAAUAGUAGAUUCAACAUCCCAGCUUGUCAGGGUGGAACAGACCCUCCUGCUCCCUCUCUUUCAGGAACAUCCUUUUCCUAUUCACCUAAAAGACAGCGUUGAGUUUAGAAACAUCUGCAGGCAUAUGGCUUUACAGCUGGAGGGGCAGCGAUUUGACAGAGACUUACAUGCAGCACACCAGUGUUUGAGGAACAUCAUCAAGAAACUGAUGCAUUCACUUGCAGUUUUCCCCUCAGACUUGUAUGCCAUAGCCCAAGCUUCACUGAGACAAAUCCUACAAAACCUCCCAGAGAUGUGAAACAGCCACACAGACAAGAGUGACUAAUUUCUGUAAAAGGUGAUGGUACAACCCUACCUCUCAAUUGCCUUCAAAAUUAUGUGUAAUUUGAAUGGUUGAAUCUGCAGCCUCUGCUCACAUGAGUGAUCGCAUUGACUUCACAUGAGUAAGGACUUCAUAAUCAAGAGCCCAGUCCUGCAAAGUGUUGAGCACCCUUUGUCUUCCUGGUCAAACUGGUAUGAAUGGGAUUUGAGGGCACCUCCAGGAGUUGAUCUGCACCUUGCAGAAUUGAGCCCCACAUGAACAAGGACUGUAAAGUUGGACCCUAAAAUUGGGACACAAUGAUAAAAAGAAUGGUGGUGGAGAAGAAGAUGACCUUUUGGAAUUCCAUUAACCUACAUCACUGUUUGUGAAAACAUGUUUUCAAAUCAUUCUUUGUGCUGGUUUGAUACUGCAGAGACAGAAAGCGCUAUACAUAAGAAUGUAACUUUAUCACAAGGAUAAGAGGUGAGAGGUAUGUUGGGUGCACAGUAUUUAAAGAUACCUUUUUAAAAAAAGAGAAGCUCUUUACGGUAAUUUACUACACUGAUCUGCAACAACUGAUCUGAAGGGUUGCCAAUUCAGAAAAGGGAAAAAGGGGAACAUUUUUAGACCCAAUAGGAUCACUAUUAAAAAUAAAUAAAUAAAUAAAUAAAUAAAAGCCCUCAGUAGUCAAGCACAUGAAUGCUAAUGGAAAGCAAGCAGAAGGGGCACAAAGUGGGGACAAAGCAAAUGUAUUCAAAGAUUUAAACAUAUAUUUGUGGAAAUUGCUUUGCAAAACUCAUCCAGCUCUAGUGACUGUGCAACACACAAGUAUACAACUCUGCUCAUCUACUGACAAACCAGGAGUUUCCAUAGUCUGCGUUUUUUUUCUGCAGCUGCAUGUGACAGAGAAAUUUAGCUCAAUUUUUAUCUUACUUGUGUAGGGAUGAGGGCAUUCUGCAUAGAAUAAGAGAUAGAAAAGUGUCUCUUUCCAUUGGCUAAGGUAGUGAAUUUCCACAUGAUUACUUUCUGCAUGUGACUUUGUAUACUGAUUGAUUUACCAUAUUUUAUAUUCA